AUGGCUUCUCCCGCGGCAGUGCGUAGCGCUGCGGUCAAAGUCGAUUGGACCAGAAUCAUCACUUCUCUUUCCCUCAAGGGCUCGACAGUAUCCCAACUUCAGGCCUUCAAAAAACGCAACGAAGAGGCCCGCCGAAAGGUCAACCUACUCCAUGACCAGCCCACCGAGGUCGAUUUCUCGCAUUACAGGGCCAUUUUAAAGAACCAGGCCGUUGUUGACGAAAUCGAGAGAGCCUACAAAGCUUUUAAGCCGGUUACCUACGAUGUCUCCAAGCAAGUUAAGACCAUUGAAAAUUUCGAGGCAGAGGCCGUAAAGAAUGCCGAAAACACUAAGGCCUCCGUUGAUGCUGAACUCGCCGAUCUUGCGGCGACGUUGAAGAACAUUGAAGAGAGCCGUCCUCUAGAAGACCUAACCAUUGACGACGUGGCCAAUGCGGCGCCUGAAAUCGACAAGAGAACCGAGCAAAUGGUAGCUCGAGGCCGCUGGCAAGUGCCUGGAUACAAGGAGAAAUUUGGUGACUUCUCCCUUAUGUAA